GUCCAUUGAUCAUUAGCCUCUCCGGGCUGAAGACGAUCUGUUCCCAACAUGGAGAACGGAAAGCAGCUCACAGGGACUUUGGCUCUGGCUGUGUUUACUGCAUCACUGGGCUCACUGCAGUAUGGAUACAGCCUGGGAGUGAUCAACGCGCCUCAGAAGGUGAUUGAGCGGAAUUAUGGGAAAUCUUUGGGGGUGUGGUCAGAAAGUGCGGUCAGAGCAUUAGAGAACCAGACUGAGGGGGAGGAGGUGCUGCUGGAGGCUGGACAGCACCCAGCCGUCACCAUGUACUGGUCCCUCUCUGUGGCCAUCUUCUCCAUCGGGGGCAUGCUCUCCUCAUUCCUCGUGGGCUUCGUGGGAGACCUGAGAGGAAGGGUGAAGGGCAUGUUGAUGGUGAACGUUCUGGCCAUUGCAGCUGGACUCCUCAUGGGCAUGUGCCAGAUGUGGAAACCUCACAUCAUGGUCAUCGCCGGACGAGCUGUGAUGGGCUUCUACUGUGGUCUAACCUCUGGUCUGGUGCCUAUGUACAUUGGAGAGAUUGCCCCCAAGACUUACAGAGGAGCACUGGGGACUUUACACCAACUGGCUAUUGUCAUCGGCAUUCUGCUCAGCCAGGUGAUCGGUCUGGACUUUGUGCUCGGUAAUGACGACUUCUGGCCCAUCCUGUUGGGUUUAUCAGGGGCUCCAGCCGUGUUACAGACUCUCCUCCUCCCCCUCUGUCCUGAAAGCCCCAGAUACCUCUACAUCGUACUGAGCCAGGAGCAGGAUGCACGCAAAAGCUUGUAUAGACUAAAGGGGCCUUACGAUGCAACUAAUGACUUGGAGGAAAUGAGGAGGGAGAAGGAGGAAGCUGAUAAGGAAGCAAGGGUCUCCAUCUGGUCUUUGAUCCGUUCUUCAAUAUACCGAGAUCAGCUGUUUGUUGCUCUUAUGAUGCACAUCUCCCAGCAGCUGUCCGGUAUCAAUGCUAUCUUUUAUUACUCAACAUCCAUCUUUGAACAAGCUGGCAUCGCUCAGCCCGUCUAUGCCACCAUUGGAGUUGGAGUCAUCAACACAGUUUUCACUCUGGUGUCUGUGGCGCUGGUGGACCGAGCUGGGAGGCGCACUCUGAUUUUGGCUGGUUUGAGUGGGAUGUGCUUGUGUGCCAUUGCAAUGACAGUGGGACUCAAAUUUCAGAACGACUACACGUGGAUGAGUACAAUGAGCAUGGUGGCGAUUUUCCUCUUCGUUUCGUUCUUUGAGAUCGGCCCUGGUCCCAUCCCCUGGUUCAUUGUGGCUGAACUGUUCAGUCAGGGCCCCAGACCAGCCGCCAUCGCUCUGGCCGGCUGCUGCAACUGGACCAGCAACUUCAUCAUAGGCAUGACCUUUCCGUACAUACAGGAGGCGUUGGACAGCUAUGUCUUUAUCCUGUUUGCUGGGCUCCUGUUGUGCUUCACUCUGUUCACUUAUUUCCGGGUCCCUGAGACAAAAGGAAAGACAUUUGAGGAGAUUUCUGCAGUUUUUCAAAAGGGACGCAAAAAGACAGACACAGUUACAGACACAGAACUGCAGCAGCUCAAAACCUCCACAGACGCGUGAAUCCUGCAGGUGCCUGUGUUUGUAUAGCCUGGAUAGCCACACAACCUUUAAAAAAAAAAGUAUUACACAGAGCAAGUCAGUCUGGUGCUAUUUGGUUUGAGUGCAAUACCAAAAUGGGACUCAAAUAUCAAAUUACUGAGAGUACUUUUUUAUUUUUGAGACAGCUGCUUUUUCAAUAUCCAGUAAUGUAAGAAUAGAGGCUAAUUUAGAGCCGCUAACUGAUCAGCAUAUUAUACAAUUACAGAGGCUUUGCACCGUCACG